AUGGACGAGGAGAAGAGAGCGCGGACGGGGGAUACUGCUGGCUCUCCACGGAAAUGCCGGCGGCUGGAGCGGCCAGCCGGGGAGACAGAGGCCGAUUCUGGAGGCGGCGGUGCGACGCUGUUCGCACUGAUGAAAUUCAGCGGCGACCGCCGUGUUAGGCGGUGCCAACACGUCUCGUGUGGGCAGGAUGACAUUGUUUUGACCACAAUACUGAUCAAGACUUGUGAUGACACCCCAAAGUGUAGUGCUCCCGAGUGUGACAAUACUGAUCGAGGGGGAAGGAAAAUCACGGUGUGCUUGAGUUGUGAGUCCCGCAUCUGCGAUAUACACGGAAAAUGGCAUGCCCAGAACAACCAGCAUUGGAUUGCCUUGGUGUACGAGAGGCCGAAUGUGGCAUAUUGCUUUGCGUGUGAAGAGUGCUAUUUCAUAACUGAUACAUUUUGGGAGAAAAUGGUCAGUGAGGAUGUCGUGUUCAGCGAUAUCGAUGAGAAAGGUGAGAAGGGGAUGAGUCGAAUGACAGUCGAUGAUGAGGCAGAUAGUUAUGCACCUAUGGUGACAGUGGCUAUCGUUGGAGAUGGCACCAAGGUGGAGCUGGAUGUGAGGAAUCCAUGCAAACAAGCAUCAGAGUUAGUUAGUGAUGGGAGUAUUCAGCGAUGUCCACAUGUCUUGUGUGACCAGGAUGACAUUGAUGUGGUUAUAACAAUGAUCAAGUACUGUGAUGUGGCCCCGAUUUGUAAUGAUUACAUGUGUGGCAAUAUUGAGAAGAGGAAUAUCAUGGUGUGCUUGGGUUGUGAGAAGCUUCUCUGUAUAAAUCACGCUUAUUCUCACGCCUGGAGUAAACAGAACCAGCAUUGGGUUGCUUUGGUGUAUGACAAGCCGUAUGCGUUGUUUUGCUUCGCAUGUGAAGAGUUCUAUUUCAUCAGCAAUGAGGAGUUUUUGAGGAGAAUAGAGGAUGACAAGGAUGACUUCAUCAUCAGUACCCGUGAAAAGGGUGAGGGAAUGAAGGUUGACAACGAGGUAGGCGGUCAUUCAUCUGGGUCAGUUAUUGGGCAUGCCUAUCCUAUUAAAGGAAUACCGAAUCUUGGAAACACUUGCUACUUGAAUGCAUUGGUGCAAUGCCUCCUUGUGCUUGGAAGGCUACGGGCAAGGAUGUUAGGACCAGAUGCUCCUCUAACAGGGCCUGGUCUAGUAUUGAGAGAUCUCUUUGAGGACACAGUCAGUGUGAAUAAUGCAGGAGACCUGCUGGACCCAACGAAGCUCUUGGCUUGUGUACGCAUGAUGAACUCAGGGUUUGUAGGCACUUCUAUGCAAGACAGCCAUGAAGCUCUUUGCCAUCUGCGCGAUGGUUUGGAUCGGGAUGAGAGGAUAAAGAAACUGUCUAACGUACAAGACGAUGCUCCGAGUGCAGUGGCUCCUACAGUUAUUGAUUCCAUUUUUGGUGGCCAGAUAUCUGUUACCAGGUCAUGCCAACGUUGCUCGUUUAGAUCAGUUUCCUGUGAUGUAUUUCAUGAUCUCUCAGUGCCGCUACCACUGAUGAAGUCUCCAGCCAAAAGUGUUGGAUUACCACUGUGUACUAAAGGUUGCAGAUCUCAACGCAAGACUCAUAUUAACCUGCUUCCAGCAAUACAGAAACUCAAAAGCGACAUUGCAAUGGCUCGUAAAAUUGCUGAAAGAGGUGAUUCUCAGAGUCCUGCUUCAGAAUUGGAAGAUGUGGUCAUGGUGAAAGCAUCAGAGCCUUUGAAAGCUGAUUCUACUAAAGUGGAACAGAUCUCACAAAGCAAGGAUACUGCACAUGGUCCUUUGCGGACUCAGAAGGAUAAGGUCCAAGGAAGGGCUGUUGAUGUCAUUCCUCAAAAAGUGUUGUAUGAUGUCAAAGUUGGGGUAAUGGAUGCCACAAGAGCAGAUUUACGCAUUCUAGAAGAUAUUAUUUUACCUCCAUCUGUAUCUUCACUAAGGGAAGAGGGUGCACCAGUAUCAUCAGGCGACGGUGAGAAAAGUGACAGUGCUCAGUCAGUAGUUAGUACAGAAGCCAACAUGACCACUUCCUUAGCAAAAGUUACUACAGAAGACAAGGGGAAAGCUGAGAGUAGGGAUAUUGUUUAUGACAGGGCACAAGAUUCCAACUCUCUUGCGUCCAUGGAGGAGUUCUUGAAAUUGUAUUUUGAAGCAGAGAUGAUAGAAUGGGCCUGUGAGAAUUGCUCCAAGGUUGCUGAGAAGCCCGGCAUUAUACCAAGUAUCAAGGAGGACGCAUCUGUUGGAGACCAGAGUGAAGAGUCAGAGAAGAUAGAAUCACAUGGUUCUGAUUCACAGCUUCAAGUUAUACUCACAAUGGACAGCAUUACUAAAGUAACCACUCCAGGGACGAUCUCUGGUGAACAAGAGUUAGCCUCUGACAACAUACGCAACAAAAACUCUGAAUGCCACGAAUGUGUUCAAGAAGUUGUGCCUAAUUGGGCUCCAUCUGAGAAACAGUCCAAGCUAUUGAGUGGGCAUGAUCAAAAUGCCAUCACACGAGAUGAGGGCAGGGCGGAGCAAGUAAAGCUGGGUCAUAGUGCAUGCCAAGUGGAAGAAAACCAAAAUGAGCAGAGAGAUAAGAAAGAAGGUGCAAUUCAAACACGUCUUAUUCGCAAGCUACCACCUGUAUUAACCAUUCAUCUGGUGAGAUCUUUGGGGCCUCAUAAGGUGAUAGGACAUGUGAGCUUUAAGGAAAUCCUUGAUGUGGGACUGUUCAUGGACCCCAGUUCCGAGGACAGAGAUAAUUCCAGCUAUCGUCUAGUUGGUGUUGUUGAGCACCAGGGCAGCGGCGUUGAUACAGGACACUUUGUUGCUUAUGUGAGACCAAGUCAUCAGCAGCACAGCAGUGGCUCUUCCUCAUGGUUUUGUGCAAGCGAUGCCAACAUCAGAGAAAUCUCCUUAGAAGAAGUUCUCAAGUGCGAGGCUUACCUUCUUUUCUACGAGAGGAUGGAAGGCUAAGAUGUCUGGGAUCCUAUGUCCACCAUCUAAUCAGAUUAUCAAGCAUUCUUACCAAUGGUUCAAUUUUACUGUGUACAUACUUAAGUAGCCUCGUGAUCAAGUUUAAUUUCCUUGCUUUGGCUGAGUCACUGCAGGAAUUAUUUGGCCUUAGCACGUAUGUAGUUGAGAGAUUUUUGUGGUUCUUGACCAUCUGAUCGUAUCCAUUUUUUUUUUUGUCCAUGAGGACUGUAUUAGGAAUUCAUUUGUAAAAAAAACAAAUAAAAAUACAGCAUAGUUGGACAUGGAGCAUUAAGAAAAUUGAGCAAGGUGGUCAUCUAGGCA